AUGGUAGCUGGUGGCAAGUUGAAGAUCCUCCUGGCCAAAAUCAGAAAAAUGCUUUUGGGCCUCAGCGCUGGACCGGUGGACAGUGCUGAUAAGGGUCUCCAGGCUGGUGGUCAUCUGUCCGGCAGUGUACCACCGACAUCUCAGCAGCAGAACCAACUUCUCCUGACUCCAGCCAGCCUCCAGCUUGCUCAGCUACAGGCUCAGCUUACCCUUCAACGCCUCAAACUAGCUCAGGGUAGCAAUACAUCCACUGCUGCUGUCCUUAACCAGGUUCUGUCCAAUGUUGCCAUGUCUCAGCCGCUGUUUAAUCAGCUACGGUCCUCAGCUAUGGUUGGAAACCCUCAGGGUGCCUUCCCCUCUGGGGUUUUAAGUUUUUCUCCUUCAAACUCAUCCAUUGGGUCUUUAGUGGGUGGGGCAUUUAACCAGAAUCCAGGUGUUGUGAGACUGAACCAUCAUGGGGGAGGGGCCACAGGGGGCCAGCAGGGUAUGGAAUAUGGUAAAAAGUCCGGGUCAUCCUACCCUUCUGAUACUGACAGGCGUCUUCAGUACAACCUGUGUACAUCUGCAGCAUCAGCUACUGCUGCUGAUGGACAGUUCACUGUAAUAAACACUCAGGCAAAAAUCAUGAACAAUUCUACUUUUCAGAGAGAAUUAUAUGGGCAGGAAAUGCAGGGACAGCAGCUUGGGUUUAGUCUAAAUGAGCAAAAUAUGAAUGUUUAUAACUCUUCUCUAAAGAAGGAUCAGUGGAAAGGCUCUGUGAACCACACUCACACUGGAAAUGUGGAUAUGGUCUCGAAUGCUACCCCUGUGUGGACAGCAGCUGGGCAGCCAAUUCGGUCCAGAACAGAACUAUAUAAUCCAGAGGAACCAACCCCAGACCUCAAGUACAACUCCAGUGGCAUCCAGGGAUUUGGAGGAUACCAGUCCAUGCAUGGAAGUGAAGAAACCCUGUCUUCAACCAGCAGGACGCUCCAGACUCACCAAGUCAAUGAUUACUAUGCUGUCACACCCACCCAACUGCCACACCAGUGUAGCAUCUGUGACAAGAAGGUCUACAACCUCAAAGACUGGGACCAGCACGUGAAGGGAAAACUACACCUGCAGAACAGAACGCUCUACACAAAUGAGGGUUCUGCCGUGAUAUCAGCUGGAGCUGUUCACUACACUGUUGGCAGGCCUUCUGAUGGAGCUCUGAACGCUGGGGGCACAAACUCCAUGGUCUAUUCUGCUACAUGUCAAGAUGUAUCCUCUGGAGGCAGUGCAUCAUAUUUGCCAGCUGCAACCAUGAAGACUUUCCCCAUCUCAGACACAGGAUUUACUUCACAUCAGCCGGAGUCAAAGCCAUUUCCACCCAGGAAGGGAACAGUGGGACGAGUUGUUCACAUCUGUAACCUUCCUGAAGGCAGCUGCACUGAGAAUGACGUCAUCAACCUGGGACUGCCCUUUGGCAAAGUCACCAACUACAUCCUUAUGCGCUCAACACACCAGGCGUUUCUGGAGAUGGCAUAUAUAGAAGCAGCUCAGGCCAUGGUUCAGUACUACCAACUUACUCCAGCUAUGAUUAACAACCAGAAACUCCUCAUUAGAAUGUCGAAGAGGUACAAAGAGCUGCAACUUAAGAAGCCAGGUAAAGACGUUCAGUCAAUCAUCCAGGAUAUUACCUCUCAACGAGAAAGGGAUGAGAUGCAAGAACAUGACCACUACAUGCCAGAAAGAGCACGCUCCCGUAGUCCCAUCAGCCGAUCUUUGAGUCCUCGUUCCCACAGCCCCAGUUUCACAUCAUGCAGUUCAGCCCAUAGUCCACAGGGGGUGGCCUGCAGGGGUGCAGAGAGAGGCAGCAACGGUCUGGGCCCCCGAAGGGGCUCUUGGGACUGGUCAUCACACCUGAGGAGAGGAGAAGAUGAAAGAGAGCGAGAUGACCCAUGGAGAAACGGGGCCAGUAUGGAUGAAGAUCGACCUAACGGACGAGUGCCUGACCGUCGGAAAACCUAUCAGAAUAUGGGCUUGAGAUCAGCUGAUGAGCGAGCAGGCGGGGGAGGAGGUGAAGGGAUGAGGGGCAACAGAGACUGGCACCCAAGAGGGAGCCCACAGGGAAUGUCCUUCAAUGCUUACAGGAACAUGGAGGACGACUUCUACAUGAAGGAACAAAUGUACAAAUCAGACAAGCCUCCCAGGCCCCCAUAUCAGAGGCAUGACACCAAGUCAAAGAGGAGGGAUGGAGGUGAUUACCAUGGUAGGUCGAGACAUUCUGAGUUUGAGAUGACCGACGACCUGCUUCCCAGGACACCAGAAGACAAGAGAAGUUCACCAGAAAGAAGCAGGAGUAAGAAGACAAGCAGGAGACACAACACUGUGGAGAAACAGGACAAAGAAAAUCCUGCUGAAAACACAGAUCGCCACUCAAAAGAAAAAUCUGCUUCCCCUCAGCCAAGCAGACAGCCAAAAGAGGGGACUGAAUGUAAUAAAAAUAGAGAAACUGUGAAGGAGUGGGAAAGUGAAGAAGACACUGAUGAAGAAUGCUGGUAUCCCAAGAACAUGGAGGAACUGGUCACAGUAGAUGAAGUUGGAGGAGAAGAUGACUCCAUCAUUGAGCCAGACCUUCCUGAGCUGGAAGAGUACGCCUGUCACCAGAAGGACUCUGUGGAAGAAGAUAUAGUGCAAGACCAUGAACCAGCAGCCCCCAUCCUGUUAGCUGUUCAGAAGGCACAUGAUGACAAAUUAAAUCAGGAAGAGUUGAGUGGGGAUGCUGGAGGCCAAAUAGAAACACCUUCAACUGAGAAGACAGAGGAUGUUAAAACCAUCAGUAGUAAUGAAGAACCGAAAGUUGGUGUAGUGACUCCUGAGCUGCCAGUUCCCGACCUGAGCAGCUUCCCAAGUGAGGAGUUUAAAGCUGCACUGGAGGAGACAUAUUUAGAGGAAAACACCAAAAGUGGGCUUUUAGAAGAGCAGAUGCAGAACCACGUUAGUGUAACAGAGGAGAGCAAGGGCCCAGAAGUGGGACAGCCCACUCAAACAGUCAAUAAUGGGGCACAACACAAGGACGAUGUUCUUCAAAAAGAGAUUGAAGCCCCUUCACCAUCCUGUGACCAAGACAAGGCUGUCAGUGAACACAGCAUCCCUUUAGGAGUGGAGUUCAUUGUGCCAAAGACUGGGUUCUACUGUAAACUCUGCGGGCUGUUCUACACUAGUGAGGACACAGCAAAGGCCGUUCACUGCCGCAGUACCGUACACUACAGGAACCUACAGAAAUACCUGUCGCAUCUGGCGGAGGAGAGUCUGUUAGGUAAACUCUCUGAACCUUCACCCGCACAGUGAUGUCAGUGUGAAAUCUUGUAUAAAAACAAACAAACAAAAAAAAAUCACAUGAAAGGUUUAUACCAAGCAAUGUUGGUACGUGCUUAUGGACAACUACAGCGUGGAUAAUGUGUCAGCUCAUUGAAGCUACAGUAUAGUUGCACUGAGUUUAGCAUCUGGAGGUCUGCUGGGAGACCUCGUAUAGAACUGAUGAGGCCAUCAGUAGCUGUUCGCAAUAUUGUACAUAUACCUGACAUGUCAUGUAAAGUGAGGCUACAUUGUUUAAUUUCAGUUUAUGGAGGGUUGGGGGUUAUUUUUUAUUGUUUAUUUUAUCAUUUUAUGUGGCUUAAAAUGUUUUCAUGCUUUGUGUGUUUGUGUAAAAUGCAUUUUUUGUUAUUUUAAUACUUUGGAAAUGUGUGUCACAAUCUCUAAUUACAGAGAAGAUGAAAAGAUUAAUGUGGAUUUAUAUAUGAUCUACUUUCAGUUUGUGAUCUACUUUCUUGAGAAAACCGUAUUUUGAGUUUGUUCUGGACAUUGUCCAAACAGAGAUGCAUUUACAGCCAAAACAUAGCUUGAAAUAUGUUGUUAGAAUGAUUUUACUCAGUUAAGUAACUGGGGCAGAUUCUCAGGUUUGUGGUAUUAUUAUUUUUUAAACAUUAAGAUUUUUAUUUAUAACAGGUUGCGCUUUUUUUGUUUUAUUUUUGUGCACUAUCAACACAACAAAAUGAUGCAAUUGCGCAAAAGACAAUUAUUUAUUUGAUUUUUGUGUUGGAUUAAAUUCGUAACGUAACCCCAGUUCUACUUGCCCACACGUACAGUGUAAUGCCUUAAAAAUUAAAAACUGGACCAUGUACUUUAAUUUAGCAAAGUUAAACAUGCAAUCUUUCAUAUCACUGUGAUGAGCAGAAUUGUCAAGACAGACAGUAUUUUGUUAAACUGUGAAUAUUGAUCUUUGAAAUCAAGGAUUGUGUCGUUUUCAUGGAUUAACUUUUCAUAAGAUUUUCUCUUUUG